AUGACUGAUACAACACAGGAGCUCGUGGACAAGUUUUCCAACUCCCAAAUGGCUGGAUCUGGCACGCCCUCAAUGUAUAGCAAAAUGCCCUUUGAUGGUCAUAAGUUGCAGGAUUUUGACCCUCUAGAUGACCCUUUGGAUGACACUUCAGAUUUAAAGGACGCAAACACUUAUCUGGCUAAUGUCACGUUGCCUCCAACGCCACGUGACUCGCCCUUGAAAAUGGACAUAGAAAGACUCCGUGGCAGCCCCAUCAAGGCAGCCCGGCGGCAAUUUCGGACUCCCCGGAUUUCACGACCAGCCGUGGAAAAUGCAGGCCAGCCCCAGGAGACUUCUCCGGUUCUGAUGAGUGGUUUUGACGAAGACUUCGAUCCGCUCAACGUGUUCCAGCAUGAUGUCGUGCGCGACACAAAAAAGCUAGGUGGGUACCAAACUCUUCUUCUGCUGUCCACCGACAGGCUCACGCAGGAGUUGUAUUCUGAACGCGUCAGGAACGGUGAAUUGCAAAGAGAAAUCGACGCUCUCCGGCGCGAAAAAAAUGACGUGAACCGGUGGAAAACCGACUUCGAUACGCUCCAGAAACAGAACCAGAGCUUGCGCUCGCGGAAUUUGUCGCUUGAGUUGCAAAUGAACAAUUUCCAGCGCAACGACAAGUCAGACCAAUUGGCCCGUGAGAACAGGCUCCUACGUGACAAGUUGUUGAAGUACAAAAACCUAUACGACGCCUUACUUAGAGAGAGACAAGGCGGCCCGGAAAGCGUGUCACGUGACACGCUUCCUUGUCUGACUCUGUCUGAACCCAAGGCGCCAGCGGCCCCCAACCACCGAAAUGAGCCACCCAAGCAAAAGACAGAUGCUGCCCAUGAGGCCUUUUCGCAUCCAGCCCUGGAGGACGACGGGGAUGUCCAGUGUACCGGGCGUGUACCGCCCAAAACAAUCCCAAGACGGGAAGCAGAGCAAACAGCCGUUUGGGACGACGAGCGGUUUCUUGCACAGCUCAGAGGUGUUUUGGAAGCCUUGGGAUCCAGGUCGCCACUGGAAAAGCACGGUGGAGACGCGGAAUCUACAAUGGCCCAUUCGGAUGAAGUGGGCCACGACUCGCCCCCUUCCCAACGGAGCAUUCCGAAACACACUUUGGAAACCAAAGCGAGCUCCAGACACAGCCCGCAGGUAUUGCCAGGCGAGCAAGCGUCCGGAAUCUCGCCGCCCAGCGCAGGCGAAACAAACGGAACAGAACAUGCCGCACCCGUGCACCCUAAUAUAGUAGGUGACCAGACAAGCCCAGAGACAAUUCCAGCCAAGUGCGAGGAGCAGUUUUCAAGGUUGGAGCACGUGUUGAACCUCAUCAGAGAGGAUUUCCGAACGCAAGUAUCGAGAACUACAGAUACCAGGAUGCAUGACUGUGAGUGUGCCCGGCCAAGCACACCGCUCCUCACUGACGAACGCGCCGUGCCCGCUUCACCGCUGGUUCACCAAAAAAAUACGUGUGCAGCGUGUUUGGGCGUGGCGUCGAUGACAAGGCCCCAGUCGGAGUCCAUGCCAAAGGAAAACGAUACGCGGGCGCUCAUGGGCAAGUUUCUUUGGAACCGAACGGUAUAA